CUGGCGAGGAUUCACUGAUAAAGACCGCACUGACCCGGCGUGUUGAGCGAUGAUAACCCGAUACUGAUACGACUAUGGCGAGACGCGAGAAAAUUUUGCAGAAUUGAGGUUGAAAGUGAUUUUUGAGAUGGAAGCUAAAGAGUUCAAGGAAUUCGCUAAGGCGACGGUUGAUAUGAUUGUCGAUUACAAUGAUAGUUUGAGAGAUAGAAAGGUCUUGCCGAAUGUCGAGCCUGGCUAUUUGAGCAAAUUGAUUCCUGAAGAGGCGCCUGAAAAAGCCGAAUCCUGGCAGGAUGUUUUUAAUGAUAUCGAACGAGUCAUUUUACCGGGUGUAACACAUUGGAAUUCACCGCGCUUUCAUGCAUAUUAUCCUACUGCUAAUUCAUACCCAGCGAUUGUGGGUGAAUUAUUGAGUGCCGGGGUCGGAGGAGUAGGAUUUUCAUGGAUCGCAUCACCGGCAUGUACAGAAUUAGAAGUUGUUACGAUGAAUUGGCUUGGGAAAAUGCUGGGAUUGCCGAAAGAAUUUCUGAAUUGCAGUGAAGGACCCGGUGGCGGUGUCAUACAAGGUUCGGCAAGCGAAGCAACUCUAGUUGGUCUACUGGCAGCUAAAGAACGCAUGGUAAGACGUUUGAAAAAAGAAAAUCCUGAUAUGGAAGAGGGAAUAAUAAAAUCUAAAUUAGUGGCUUAUACUUCGAAUCAGUCGAACUCUUCAGUAGAAAAGUCGGGGCUUCUCGGCUCAAUGCCGAUGAGACUAUUGCCUGUAGAUGAGAAAUGCAGCCUUCGCGGCGCGACUCUGCUGGAAGCGAUGAAAAAAGAUCGAGAGGCUGGAUUGAUUCCUUGUUAUGUUGUCGCGACUUUGGGAACUACUGGUACCUGCGCCUUCGAUAAUUUAGAGGAACUUGGGCCGAUUUGCAAUGAAAAUAACGUGUGGCUUCACGUUGAUGCUGCUUAUGCAGGCGCAGCUUUUGUGUGUCCCGAGUACAGACACUUGAUGGCUGGUAUCGAGUUCACUGAUUCAUUCAAUUUCAACCCUCACAAAUGGCUUCUUACCAAUUUCGAUUGCUCUGCACUCUGGGUUAGAGAUUCAAGAUGUCUCAUUGAAGCUUUCAAUGUUGAACGAAUUUAUCUAGCACACGACAAUGAAGGUCUAGCACCAGAUUAUCGCCAUUGGCAAAUUCCACUGGGGAGACGAUUCCGCGCUUUGAAACUCUGGUUUGUUUUACGUUUAUACGGAGUCGAAGGUCUUCAGAAACAUAUCCGUCAUUCAGUAAAUCUAGCCAAGAGAUUCGAAUCACUUGUAGAAUCUGAUGAAAGAUUUGAAAUUAUCACUGAGCGAUCAAUGGGUCUCGUUUGUUUCAGAGUCAAGGGAGAAAAUUCAUUAACACGUGAUCUAUACGACCGUUUAAUGAAAAGGAAACGCAUCUAUCUAACUGCGGCAACAUAUCAAGACCAAUUAAUCAUCCGGUUCGUUGUAUGCAGCCGUCUUUGUCUUGAAGAAGACAUUGAUUACGCUUGGAACGAGAUCACAAGCCAAGCUGCUGAAAUACUCAAUUCCCAAAUACAUCAAACGGCUAUCGAAUGCAGCCACAAGCCUGUCAAAGAGAUUGAAAAUCCAGGAAAAUGUCCGGGAGCAAUGGCUGCCCGAAUCGAGGGCCUGAAUAUCAACAAAGCCAAAGUGUUACAGAAAAUAUCAUGAUUUUUUUUUAAAUUUAUAGUACCUAGUUUUAAUCUUAACCCACUGCACUGAAUCUAUUAAGUUAUCAUUAUUAAUUUUUACAAUUCAGAUGUUUGUAGCACAAGUUUGAAAUUACAUAUGCAGUUACUACUUUUAAGAUGCUACCAAGCUUUGUACAUAAUUUUU